AAAGAGGGUCUUUUAGAGAUAGAGAUCGGAGAAAUUAAAGAGAGGGCAGGAAGAGCAAAUCGUUGGUAUAUAUAUGACGUAGCUAGCUAUCUAGGUAUUUGAACAGUACAUUCUUUUAUCAGUAAAUCUAUGAGUAUAUCUAUCCUAGAAUUGUUUGAGAGAGCCUCUCGUACGUACUGCUUCUAAUCUCGAGUAGUACUAAGUUCUGUUUGUCGUCCUAGAUAUAUAGAUAAUCCUGAUUAUCGCCAGUUCUCCUCUCCUAUAAAAGGAGACCAGCACCUUCAUAUUUGAUCUUCAACAGUACUCUUCAUAGAGAUCUCGUAAGAGAGAUGUCAACAACUUCCCAAACCAUGCUCAACCAUGGCCUCUUAGAGGAUCAAGAUGAUCCGGUACCUUCACAUAUGGGUUUUUUUCCUUUCCCUUCCAACUUGACCAGCUUGCCUCCUUUGGGAUGCCACCAAUCUAGAUCUCUCAAAGCAUUCAGUACCAUACCUCCUUCACUUGCAUCAGAUGCACCUUCCAGUAAUUUCAGCGAAACUUUAUUCUCUUCUGCCCCUACCAAGCAAAGAGAAGACAUUACAUCUGCAGGUUGUAGAGGAUCCCAGCUACUUUCCUUGAAUAGAUCAAGCGCAAAUCUCUGGGCAUGGGGAGAUGUGGGUGAGAGCUUAACCGGCAAGAGAGUCGGCGGAGAUCUAGAUCAUCAUCAUCAUCAUCAUCUAGGGGUUUCUUCCAUGAAAAUGAAGAAGAUAAAGGGGAGGAGGAAGGUGAGGGAACCUCGGUUUUGCUUCAAGACCAUGAGCGAUGUGGACGUGUUAGAUGAUGGUUACAAGUGGAGGAAAUACGGACAGAAAGUGGUAAAGAACACCCAGCAUCCCAGGAGCUACUAUCGUUGCACACAAGAUAACUGUCGAGUAAAGAAACGCGUGGAGCGAUUAGCGGAGGACCCAAGGAUGGUUAUUACAACCUACGAAGGGAGACACGCACAUUCACCGUCGCAAGAUAUGGAGGAUCAGUCCCAAACUCCAUCCCACCUUAAUAAUUUCUUCUGGUAAUACAUACAUGAUAUAAUAUAACUGUAUGCUUAUUUUGGACCAGAUUUUUCAUCUCAAAAAAUGUCAUUUUCGUCACAAAAAAAAUGACUUUUUGGAGUGCAAAAUUUCGUCCAAAGAAAGCAUGCAUUCAUGUUGUAGUGAACCAUGGAUAAUGAUGUUUAAUUAAUAUCCUCGAUCCAUUAAUGUGCUUGUUGUACGUACGAUGAGCUGCUGGCAUUGCUGUGCAUGCAUGCAUGCCUUUGACAGUGUUAAUGGGGACACCGGAAAUAAACAGUAAUGUUUUGUAAAAUAUAUGCCCAGGUUUGUUGGGUCCUUGUACCAGUUGAUCUGAUCUUAAUGCCCAUCAUAAAGAAAAACUUUCGUUUCAAUGAA